AUUCUCUGGUAUGGAUCGUCACUUGGAGUAGCACCUAAUACCAUUGUGUGGUUUCAAUUUACAGAUGCUUUUGUCUCGGAAUAAAAAUGAAUCCAUCUUCCAUCCGUCUGUCUGUCUAUCUAUCUUAUUUUUUUAUUAUUAAUUUCUUUAUUUGUCUGUAUGUUGCUUUGUUUAGAUCAGUGUGCUGCAACGUCGGACUCCAAAUUCAAAGAAUUUAACGACAUUCUUUUGCUGACAGUGGACGACACGGAGUUUAACGAAGCGCAAAAAAUAUUAAACAAUGUCGAAAUACCCAGCAAGAAAGACGAAAGUGACAAAAACUGUUUAUUUGGAAAAAUAGGCAGAAAUAAAGUGACGCUCUUGAAAGUUCCAUACUUAGGCAAGACCAGCACUUCGUUAGGCCAUGAUGUUCUGGUUUAUGAAGCAAUCCAAGAACUUAAACCGAAAGCUAUUGUUAGUCUGGGAGUUUGCGAUGGUGUAAGGAAAGAAGCACAUUUCCUUGGUGAUGUCGCGGUGUCAUCACAAGUCUACUUUCUUGAGCAACAGGACGACGGUUUGUCAAAUUUUGAUCGUGCAGCGUAUGAUUGCAAUUUGGGAUUGGUACGUUUGUUCGACCAUGGAAAAUUUGCGUGGGUUGGUCCUUGUGAAAAUGUGGUAGUUCCAAAAGUCCAUGUUGGUCAGUUUACGACAGGUUUACAAGAUGGUGACGACAAAAAGAGGGAUUUGCACGAAACCGGAACCAUUGGAAUAGACACGGCGUCAAAAAGUAAGUAUACUACUAGUGCGAACGAUCGGAAUAAUUUUCUCGUAAAACAGGAAAAAUAAACAAAAAGUGUUUGCUAAAUUUAAUCUUGUCACUUAGAAGCGUCGUCCCGGGUGAAUUUUCUAAAUCUUCCAAAUCCGAGGAGAGAAAAUGGUUGUGCAGAACAAGGGGGAAUUUCGUUCUCGACCAAUCAGCGCUUUUGUUUACAUUUUUGCCCUAAGCCAAUCAGAAUGCGUAAAACGCUUCAUCACAUGAAAUUUGUAAACAAACAUAUGGGGUUACUUCAGAGCUUUUCUGCAAGCGUUUUUUUUUGUUUUUUUGCCAUGAAAUUCAUAUAUGUUGUUCUUAAAAGAAUUCUCCUCAACUUCCUCGUGGCGAUUUUUGAUCAAUUGCGUGAUUGCGAAGAUAUGGGUCUUCAAACUUUGCCUUGCGCAAGCUUAAAUACCACCCCUCGAAUCUGUAGGUUCCGAACGGAUUAGGCCACUACAAGUUAAUCUUUAGUUUCUGGUCCGGCCUUACCUUCGUUUACGACGCGGGCGGGCGGGUGGUUAGGACUAUAGGAC